GGCGACGUGGAGGGACUUUCGACCUGUUUCGACCGCUCUUCGAAGCAGGUUCGAAGUUCCGAAACGGCAAGGAUCCGGUGAAGUGCCACACGUUUCAGAAUUGUGUGUCCUGUGUAUGAAACAUACUCUCUGGUGUGCAGGAAUCCAAACUGGAGGUGUGAUGAACUGCAUUAACACGAUAAAAGGGCAUUUUGCCAAAGACGUAUCGGAUUAGGUUAUGGAUAUUUGUUACGCAAAAGAAAAAGAGCUCACUACGUGAAUAAUUUUUUUAUAAUAUUGAAAGAAGAAAAAAAAACUUUUUGGAAAAUGAGUUUAACUGGAAUGUCCAAUAUACCAGACUGGAAUGACUUGGAAUUAUCAAUUUAUUUGCUAGAUGAACUAGGUGGAAACUCGUCAAGUACUAACCGAGAUUACUUAGCAAACUUGACAUCAUGGUUGACUAUUACUCCAAAAUACACUGUUUAUCGAGUGAAUACAUUAGCUCACAGAGGUGAGGAAGUUCAAGAUAUCAUUUAUAAAGAACUUUCCAAGCAAGCUGUGUCUCGGGGAUUAGAUGCUCCUUCUGUAUUUAUACACGAGGAAAUGCCUGAGGUAGUGCUAAUGGAUUCGUGGGAUGUAGCAUCAUUGAACUUGAGUUUUCAAGACAAAGAAGUUAUAGUUGACAUAGCUUGCGGAGUAGCAGUAUUACGUGGUGCUCACGUGUUUGCACCUGGCAUAAAAGGAAUGAGUCGAGAUACUGCUUCUGGAGAUUACGUUAGUGUGUUUGCUGAUGUUAAAAAUAAAUGUACUCGUGGAUUAAUAUGUUCAUUUACUGAAGAAAAGUUUUUUGUUGGAAAUGGCAUUGUGAGAAUUGGAAGAAAUGAUCUUUUUGGCAAAGCUGCACUAGUAAAAGGAAUUGCCAUUGAAAUGAUUGAUAUUCGAAGUGCUAUUCCAUCUCUCCCUCUGAAUUGCAUCCCUGACUCGUAUGCCAUGCUACAAAACUUACCCUCUGUGCUGAGCUGCAGAGCUUUAGCUCCUUCUGCAGGUGAAACUGUUUUAGACAUGUGUGCAGCUCCAGGAAAUAAAACUACACAUUUGGCGAUGCUUAUGAACAAUAAGACUCUUGCUCCUGUGAGAACAUUUCCAAUGAAGGGCACCUUUGUGCUCCCUGGAUAUUGGGGUACUGUAAUAGCAAUUGACAAAACAAGUACCAAAGUUGAUGCUAUUAGAGAUCGCUGUCAGCAGUUUGGAAUCAGCUGUGUUAAAUCUUUUGUGUUUGAUUCUACCAAGGCUGUGUUGGAAGUAAAGAAACCAGAAGAUGGGACAGUAAAAAUUCAGAAUUUUCAUCAGAAGAAAGUUACAGAAGAAAAAUGUGAAGACCUUUCUAAAUGUCCUGAAAAUAUUGAAAUGAAACCACCGUUUCCUCCUGAAACAUUUGAUAAAAUCUUGCUUGAUGCUCCUUGCAGUGCAAUGGGUCAACGACCUCAAAUUAUUAGUUCUGUUUCUCUGAAACAAUUAAAAUCUUAUCCACCAUUACAGCGCAAACUCUUUCAAGCAGCAGUGGCUUUACUGAAACGUGGGGGUCACUUGGUCUACAGUACUUGUACUAUAACAGUAGCAGAGAAUGAGCACUUAAUAAAAUGGGCAUUGAAUAAAUUUCCUUAUUUAGAGCUGGCACAAGUUGAGUCUAAUUUAGGAGGACCUGGGCUUGAAAACAUGGGUCUCACAGAAGAACAGCGACAGUAUGUUAAAAGAUUUGGACCUCCAAUGAAUUCUUUAGAAUUAUACUAUGACAAUUAUGAUUACAAUCAAGAUACUGUUGGCUUUUUCAUAGCUCAUUUUGUAAAAAAGUGAAUAAAAGUACUUUUUUAAUCUCUCAACAAGUGUUUUUCUGGCAUUUUGAAAAGCUGUAGUUUCAUUAUAGUUGGAAGAUGUUGG